AUGGAGUUGAACAUUCAAUCACCGAGCACGGACUCUCUACCCAACCUGUCGUCGUACCGACCUGAAUCCCCAAUCCCCUCUAGGCCGCCCACUCCUAUGAGUUAUGCGUCGUAUGAGGAUGAUCCAUCGUCGGUGUCAACGGCAAAGGGGUCAGGCGAACUCAAGAAGUACGAUCGUAGUAUCACACCGAGCCCAACACCACGGCCUCUACCACCCGGACGCGUGCUUACGGAAGCUACCCCCCUUGAAGGUCCCCGCUACAUCAGACAAGCUUUGGUCCAAGACCUUACUCCUGUGCUUGAAUUGCCUCGGAUGUGUCUCCAGUUUCCACAUUCCCCCGAUUGGGAUGACCCUGAUCUGCGCGGCUGGGCUCCGGUCACGCAUUCCGAAGGUUGCCUCUACUUUUACCACGAAGAAAAGCGUAUCUUGACAGAUGCAUACCUAUACCAACAAGCGUACCUGGACGAAGUAGAGAUGCUCGUUGAGCACCUUGAUUGGCUAUUGAAGGAGCACUCCGGAGAUACGCUACCAUCGGGCUGUGAACUCGUUAUUCAGGUCCUCUUCGACGAAUGGGCAGGAGAGAGAAGUGUGCUGUGGCAGUACUACUACAUCCACCAUGAGACGCGAAGCCUGUUCUGGUUGCGACCAUUCUCGAUGAGCGAAUAUCUUGGAGAAAUAUCGGGUUCUGUCAGCCCUGCACAUUCAAAGCAUCUACUCGAGAGCUGGUACUGGAACCACGUAUCUUCCUUCCCGACCACCUUCAAGUCCCACGACCCUCUCAUCGAAGAACUCGUCGGAGAUCUCACAUUCUUCUGCACUGACUACAUAACCUCUCCCACGACAACUAUCCCCUAUCCGCUUGAGGAGCUGUUGAACAUGAUCCGGCUAUUAGGUAGAAAGGAACCCGGCGCGGGAGCGGCCCCAAUUGCUGCUGCUCUUGGGCGCAUGAUGUCAGUCUUCUGUCACUGGCGUUACAUUCACUUCCAUGGACAACGCUACGCGAGGAUGAACAGACAUGAAAGUGUACAACAGGCGUCCGCGGUACGGCCCCGCACUUGGCUCAUGAAGGUCUUCUCCUGCCUCUUCCUGUUUGCACCGGAGGUGCACCUAAGCGAAAUGGAGAAGCUCUACGUCGACGGCGUGAUCGUGAUGUAUAUAUGGAAGCGGCACAUCACCAAGCUACAAGACGAAUGGCAAGAGUUGAUCACCUAUGCUACGAUCAUUCUGACAGCCAGCGUUUCGAUGCUUUCUGUUCCGGACGUAAUUCUCUUCCCGGGUCAGCCAAGUGGGGUAGGAGCGGGCACUAACAUUCAGGACUAUCUACCGCCAUUGCGCUCACCCGCAGCCAUCGCCAGCUACAUCUCGAUCUUGUGCAGCACAGGGAGCAUCGUACUAGGACUCAUGCUCGUGCGCCAACAUCGCACGAAGAACCGCGACUUCGCGGACGAGGCUUCGGCAUACAUGGACCAGCAAGAUAGGCCGUACUUUCACCAUGAGCCGUUGGCUAUUCUGUAUAGCCUCCCGUAUGCACUGCUCAUGUGGGCCAUGCUUUCGUUCCUGGCCAGCAUCAUGAUCUUCACUCUCGUCAAAACCGACAUCGCGACUCAGUCCACUAUUGCAGGCGUUGCCGUAGUCGUCUCGGCUCUUAUCGUUUGGUGCGCUGCCGCCGCAUGGGAUCGAGAGGCGCCACCACGAACGCCGCUGCUGCAGACCGUGAGGCAGAUCGUCUCGUUCGGGCGAGGCGAUGCAACGUCCCAUGAUACUGCAUCGGAGAAGUCAGGGAGAUUACCCCGCAUGCAUUUGCGCUCGCUGGCGGAAAGGAUGCGCGGGACAAGAGCUUGUCGCGCUAAUGAGGUGUAG